AUGAAUAUCUUCAGGCUUGCAGCUGAUUUCUCCCACCUGGCGUCCAUCUUCAUCCUUCUGCAGAAGAUGAAGUCAACCAGUAGCUGUGCCGGUUUGUCUUUCAAGUCACAGGUGCUCUAUCUUCUGGUCUUUGUCACUCGUUAUCUUGAUCUGUUCUGGAACUUCUUCGACUCCCUCUACCUCACAGCAUUCAAGCUCCUGUUCAUCGGAUCCUCCGGUUACGUCAUUUACCUGAUGCUGAACGACUACAAGCCUACCCACGAUCCCAAUAUCGAUACUUUCAAGGUCCAAUAUCUUCUGGCAGCUAGCGCAGUUCUGGCGCUGUUCUUCACUCAUGACUACCGAAUCUCCGAGAUCCUCUGGACCUUCUCUAUCUGGCUCGAGUCUGUGGCAAUUUUGCCCCAGCUCUUCAUGUUACAACGUACUGGAGAGGCUGAUACCAUUACCACCCACUACCUCUUUGCUCUUGGAAGUUACAGGGCCCUUUACAUUCCUAACUGGAUUUACCGAUACUUCACCGAGACUCACUUCCAGAAGUCGUUCCAGCCUGUCACUAUCAUUGCCGGUAUUAUCCAGACUCUGCUGUACUCGGAUUUCUUCUACAUCUACUACAACAAGGUCUUGAAGGGAAAGAAGUUCUCUCUCCCAGUCUAA